AUGACGUACGAAAACUUCAACGGCGAAGAACUAACUCCUGCAUCUGCUUUCGCCGGAUCAAAAACUCCCAUCGACGAUGUGAGAAUCGAGGAUUUUGAAGUAUUUGACUUGCGAUUUCCGACCAGUCUCGAUGCUUCGGGGUCCGAUGCCAUGAACCCAGCAGGAGAUUACAGUGCUACCCACGUCCAGCUCAAAACCAAUACGGAUCUCAAGGGGCACGGUAUAUCCUUUACGAUCGGUCGAGGCAACGACCUCUGCACUUCUGCCGCCCGUCAGAUUGCAGAACGGCUUGUCGGCAAGACACUUGGCGAACUGACCAAGAACAUGGGUGAAACAUGGCGCUUUCUUGUGGCCGAUUCUCAGCUUCGAUGGGAGCUUGUCGCCUGUAUCGAUUUUAGAUAUAUUCUCGAUGCUAUUACUCCAGAUGAAGCGAUCGCUAUAUUAAAGGAACAAGAGAAGACAAAGCCAGCUAGGUUCGAAGACGCGCAGAAAAGCGAGGCAGUCCCCGCUUACUCGACCCAAGCUGGCUGGCUUGGUUUCAGCGAUGAACGGAUGAUAGAACUGAUCAACUCAAAUCUUUCUGAGGGUAUUGAUAAGUUUAAACUCAAGGUCGGGGGUAAUCUGGAGGAUGAUAUUCGCCGGGUCCAAAUUGCUCGAGACACGAUUGGCUAUGAUCGUACGAUGAUGCUUGAUGCCAAUCAGGUAUGGAGUGUACCUGAGGCCAUUGACUAUAUGAAAAAGCUGGUUCAAUUUAAGCCUUUAUUCAUCGAGGAGCCGACCUCUCCUGACGACAUUCUUGGGCAUGCAGCUAUUCGCAAGGCACUCUCACCAUAUGGUGUUGGUGUAGCAACUGGCGAACACUGUCAAAAUCGUGUGAUCUUCAAGCAGUUGUUGCAAGCUGGCUCUAUUGACUACUGUCAAAUAGAUGCGUGCAGACUCGGAGGCGUAAACGAAGUUUUAUCUGUGCUACUCAUGGCAAAAAAGUUUAACGUGCCAAUAGUGCCACACAGUGGAGGCAUUGGCCUCAACGAAUACACACAGCACCUUGCCCUUCUCAACUAUAUUUGCAUAUCUGGUGAGAAGAGUCUCCUCGAACACAUUAACUCUUUCAGCGAGGUUUUGAAGUACCCUGUGCAAACAAAGAAUGGAUUUUUCGUGACCCCCUGGGAGGCAGGUUACAGUGUGGAAUACAAGCCCGAAGCAAUUGUAACCUAUGAGUAUCCGAACGGGAGCUUCUGGCAAAGCGAGCAAGGUCUCGCUAUUCGGAAUGGACCGAAACUGUGA